AUGGCUGAUGGUCGGACAGAUGUGAGGCAGCGAACUUUGAUUAAUUUCUUAGUCUAUUCUACAUAUGGAAUGGUUUUUGUAAAAUCUAUUGAUGCUUUAAAUUUGGUAAAAGAUGCUAGGACUUUGUUCUCGUUGUUCUGUGAAGUGAUUAAGUGGGUUGGUCCCAAGAACAUUGUUCAUGCGGUGACUGAUAAUACUGCAAAUUAUGUAGCAUGUGGUAAGUUGAUUAAGGAAAAAUAUAAAAAUAUUUAUUGGUCACCUUAUGCUGCUCAUUGUUUGAACCUUACUUUAAAAGAUAUAGCAAGCUUAGACAAUGUGUCAGCACUUGCAACUAAGGCACCAAAGAUAACUAUUUUUGUUUAUAAUCAUAUGAUCUUCUUGUCAUGGCUUAGGAAAAGACUGGGUUGGAAAGAAAUUGUACGUCCUGGUAUAACAAAAUUUGCUACUACAUUUAUCACAUUGUAUAGCAUAUAUAUGCAUAAACAUGACUUGCAAGCUUUGGUGACUGAUAAGCACUUUGUGGAUCACAAAUUGUCAAAGACUCAAGCUGAAGUAAUUGUUUCUGCCAUCAUAUUAGAUAAUGGCUUUUGGGGUGAUUGCUUGGAAAUUGUGAAGGUUGUGUCUCCUCUUAUAAAGUUGUUGAGAAUUGUGGAUUCAGAUGAGAAGCCUUCUUUGUUUUAUGUUUAUGAAGGCAUGCAAAGGGCAAAAAUAGAAAUCAAGGCAACAUUCAACAAUAAGAAAGAUUAUUACAAGCCUUACACAAGCAUUAUUCAAGCUCGAUGGGAUAAGCACUUUAAGAUAAAUUUUUAUGUAGCAGCAUAUUUGUUGAAUCCUACAUUCUUGUAUGAUGAGAAUUUUAUUCAUAAGAGAAGGUUAAUGGAUGAAAUGCUUGAUGUGUUUGAGUCAAAUGAAAGCGAAGAAAUUGAUUAUAUUGUGAUGAUGAAGCAAUUGAGCUUGUAUCGUGAUCAAGAGGAAGAGCCAGCUUUUGAGUUUGAUUCUCAAGAAAUUGCAAAUCUUAAAAGUGCCAUUCACAAUGAAACCAUAGCUGCUCCAUUAACCCUUGAAAGGGAUUAUGAAGGUGAUAAAUAUAUGAAUGUUCUAGAGCCCCCAUCUUUGCUUGAUGUUGCUAGUGGUUCUGGUUUUUCUCAUUCCAGUCCUAAUGUCUCAAUGCUCGAAGAUUUGAAUGAAGUUAAUGAUGACUUUGGUGUUGGUGAAUAUUAG